CAUCCCAAAUAACCUAGCACGAGCCAUGCAUUUCUCAUUCCUCCGAGUCGUAGCAGUCGUUGCAGCUUUGACAAGAUCUAUGUCUGUCACCGCACAGUGUGCAAGCUCAGGCCAGGCUUGUGGCACGACCAGCCCGACAGGCCUCAUAUGCUGCGGUGACCUUUACUUCGUUCGCUUUGCAUCCAAAAUUCAACCCCACGACUCACCUUUGCGCCUUGUACCAAUAGCAGUCCGGAAAUUCUUCCACGUACUGCAGGGAACCUUGAAAGUCCAGAUGAGCUUGGCAAACUGAGCAUGUCACAAUAGUGAGUCUUAUCUCUUUCGCGUUGGCACAGUGCUUGAUCGCACGAUAUACAGUUCGUUGCGGAGUUGAUGGAUGU